GAUUAGAAUUGAUGGGUUCAGCUUCUUUAUUGUUUGUUGAAGCUAACUAAGUGUUUUCAAUUGUAACUGUUCCUUGUAGUCACAGAGUUCUUACAUAGAAGAAUGAAGCCCAGUGGCUCUGAUGAUGACAACUCCAUGAAAACUCAUCAGAAUCAUGCAACUGGUUGGAGCUAUUCUCUGGAUAGCCACUACAGUGAUGGGAUUAAUGGCAUUGGACCAGAACAGGCAAGGGACUCAUUCGGUCGGAUGAGCCGUCAAGGUUCUUUGAGGAGGCGUUCUCUUAGUCUCUCACGUGGUGUCACUCAACAUAUACUUGAUGAAAUUGAAAGUGCAUCUGUGUCACAAGCAGGAGAUAUUGGGGACCUAGCGAUUCACAGUAACAGAUAUAGUGAUGGUGGUACCCUCCAGUUCUCAGUGGAUGAUCCUGCGAUACAGAUUGAGAACGGUUUUCCUGAGAAUGUACUAUUACCUUCUUAUGGUUUUUGGUUCCGUGAUGAUGCCACAUCUAAUGCGGUCUCACCUUUAUCCCCACUUCCUUCGGAGAUUGUAUCUUCGCUUUCCGCGGAACCAAUUCUCAACUCGAGGGAUAAGGAUCAGAGUACAUCAGUGAGUCAACCUGUUCAGGAUAACAAGGGAUUAGUGCCUCUAUGGUUUGAGUAUGUUUCAUACCUUGUUCAUUUAGCUGUUUUUGGAAUUCUCGGGGUGCUGACAAGGUAUUUACUGCGAGAGCUGUUUGGCCCUGGGAUUGUUGAUCUAACAAGUGAUCAAACUGUUCUCUACCUAGAUCUUCCCUCUAAUAUGGUAGGUUCUUUCUUGAUGGGAUGGCUAGGUGUCGUGUUCAAAGGGAACAUAUCGCAGGUGUCUGAUAUUCUAGCUAUUGCGUUGACAACCGGAUAUUUGGGAAGUUUAACUACUUUCAGCGGUUGGAAUCAGAAAAUGCUUCAACUUUGUGUUAAAGGCCAUUGGGAUCUUGCUGUUAUUGGUUUUUUCAUAGAUACAGUCCUUGCUGCUGGAUGUAUCUCUUUUGGUGUUGAAACAGCAAAGGUUUUCAGAUGGCUUUUAGGGAAACUCACCGGUAGUUUGGGAGAUGGCAAGCCGAAAUCAAGCAACUGGAGGGUGAACAACCUCAAGAAGCACUUAGCAGUUCUGGUGGUUUUGGUGUUGAUGCUAAGCUUGUUGUGGGGUAUUAGUGGGUCCUUAUUGAGGAGACAAUUUGAUAAUGGUGGCAGCAGUGCUCAGCUGUGGUUUGCCUGCAUGGUUGCACCCCCAGGUGUAUGGUUGAGAUGGUUCUUAGCUCGGCUAAAUGGAAGAGGGCUAGGUAGGAAGCAUUUCCUGAGCUGGAUGCCUUUUGGGACUCUCAUUGCCAAUGUUGCCGCAGCUUGUAUCAUGGCAGCACUUGCGACGGUGAUGGAUGUGGUGAAUACCCAGAAGUGUGAUACUAUCGCCACAGGAAUUCAGUUUGGGUUCUUAGGGUGUCUGAGUACAGUUUCUACUUUCAUGGCUGAAUUCUAUGCUAUGAGAAACAGCAGUCAGCCAUGGAGAGCACAUGCAUAUGCAUUGACUACUAUACUUGCUUCUUUUGUCUUAGGGACUUUAAUAUACACUGCCCCUGUAUUGACAAAACGAUACGAAUAGCUAGUCCGGUCUAGCCUUUGUUCAAUAUGCUAUUAAAUCACUAAUGGAUGGACAUGGACAA